AUGAAUCGUUGGCUAAAUCGUGUAGCUGUUGUAACGGGCGCUAGCUCCGGAAUUGGAGCUCAGAUUGCUAAGGAUCUUGCUAAUUCAGGGAUGAAGGUUGUGGGCCUAGCCAGAAGGGUGGAAAGAGUGAAAAGUUUAGGAAAAGAACUCCCCCAAGAGGUUCAGCAACACUUCCACCCCGUUAAAUGUGAUGUAAUGAAUGAAGAGGAAAUUAUUGAGACUUUCUCGUGGAUUAAGAAGUCUCUUGGUGGGAUUGAUGUGCUAAUCAAUAAUGCUGGGACUGGGAAUUCAAGAGUAAAGCUUGUUGAUGCUGGAAAUUCUGAUAAAAUACGGAAGACAUUGAAUACAAAUCUCAUGGGAGUCUUCCUCUGUGCACGAGAGGCCUAUCAGUCGAUGCGAGAACGUUCCUUCCCAGGACACAUUAUCAACAUUAACAGUGUCCUUGGGCAUGGUGUUCCGGUUCUUCCCAAAGAGUAUGGAGACAUUAACUUGAACAUCUACCCUGCAACCAAGUAUGGCGUCACAGCCCUUACUGAAUCCUUCCGACAGGAAUUUAUAAAGGAGAAAUCUGAUGUGAAAAUAACCAGUAUUAGCCCUGGUACCGUUCAAACGGAAAUUAUUCCGGAUUACAGUGAUGAAAUCCUUAAGAAGAUUCCACAUCUUAUGCCAGCAGACAUUUCAGCGGCUGUUCUUUACAUCCUUGGCACUCCACCCAAUGUGAAUGUCAAGGAACUCAUUAUCUCUCCUACCAAAUCAUUUUUUUAA